ACGAGCGCUGAGUGAACCGACAUUGGCCGGGCGUGCCGGGACCCGUGACCGAUGACCCGUGAGCCGGGGCCCUAUUCGCACAGCUCGCUAACCGCCAGUCAGUGCAGCCAGCGAGGUCUAUCCCUUGUCGCGCCCGUGAACCUCACGUCGAGGCACGCUGAACCAAGCGUUCUGACCCAAGUGACUGCGUAGUAAGAUGGCUGGGGCCGAGGACCAGCUGGGUCUGUUAAAUCCGGGCCUGCUCAGGAACAUCGCCGGCGCUCUCCACCCCAACGAGGUCGCUUCCAGCUUCAAGUUCGCCAACAAAGAGGUCCUUGGGUGCCUCCGUGACGACUACCGGACCUUCAAUCUGGCCAGGAAGCCGUCGCGGUGGUGCAGCAGCAUCGUCCGCGGCGUGGGUUCGCCGCCCUCGCUCGCGGAGCAGCCAUGGCCUGGACACGACUUUGUGGCCCACUGGGGCCGCCCGGAGCCCUGGCGCGCGCUGAACCGGCGACAGCGACACCGCCUGCUGUGCCUGGCCGCCUCCAGCCUCCACCCUCCCAGCCUGGACGCGGCGCUGGCGCACUGCGGCACGGUGGUCAAGGCUGAUGCGCUUGUGUCCGCUGCCGCCGUGGGCGAACUGGAGGCGUGCCGCCGGCUGCUGGUUGAGGAGGGCUGCCACUGGGACACCGAGCCGGUCUGGGCGGCCGCUGCCAUGAACGGUCACGUGGCGGUGUGCCGGUGGCUGGGUGAGAUUGGGAUGUAUGGCGGCGAGGUGGCGUCCACCAAGCGCUUUGUGGUGAAGGCGUGCUGCUUCAGUGGGCAACGGGAGGUGCUGGCGUAUAUGCAGACGGAGGUGGGACGUGGCUGGGGUGGUGAGCCGCUACCCGCAGAGCUCGCGACCGCCGCUGCGGAGGGAGGGCAGGUGGAGUUGCUGGGCGAGCUGCUGGCAGCGGCGGCGGUAACGGGCGCCAUGCAGUGCUGCGAGGUGCUGGCGGGCGUGGCGUACGGCUGCCCAUCGGAGGUGCUGCAGCACUACUACGGGCAGUGGGGCACGGAGGCCGCGGCGGAGGCCCAGCACCGGCAGGCGCUGCUGCUACGCGCGGCCACCAGCCCCACCGGCGACUGGGCGGCCAAGUGCGACUGGCUGCUGUUGCGGUGGGGCUCUUCGCCGGGCUGGCCCUCAACUGGGGUUUUUAUGCCGAGAGUUGGACUUUAUGAGUACCAGGCCAUGUGGCGGCACGCGGCGUGGCAGCCCGACUACCUGCAGCGUCUGCAGCACCUUGCUGCAUGCGGCCUGGGGAUUCCUACGGAGGCUGUGGAGGCCGCAGCUGCAGCCGGACACGUUCCCGCAGCGGCGUGGUGCCUGGGCCUGCCGCUGCUGGUGCCUGCAGCCAUGCACAGCAUGCUGCUGGCAAUGAUGGGUCGCGAGCUAUCGCGGCCGCCAGCGCCGCCGCAGGUCCUGGCGACGGCAGCGGCUGCAGCAGGCCAGGUGCCAGUGCUGCGGAUCCUGCGGGCAGAGGGCGUUGCAUUCAGCUACGUGCAGAACCUGAAGGCGGCCCUCGAGCUUCCGCUUCCGUUCAAUGAGCUGCUCGUGAACGAGAGGCCGUUCGAGUGCCUUCCCGCUCUGCGGUACCUGCUGAUGGAGGGGGGCGGGCUGGAGGAGGCUGAGGCGACGGAGGCGGCGGCAGCGGCGGAGGAUGGCGAAGAGGAGGAGGAGUCGGCGGUGGACUGGUCGGCGGUGCUUCGGCACGCAGCGCAGCGCGGUUCUGACCUGGCGCUGCUGCGCCACCUGCACGAGCAGCACGGCGCCGCGAUUAACUUCGAGGAGUUGGUGGCAGGCGGCAGCGAGGAACAACUGGAGUGGGCGCUGGGGGUGCUGGGGCCCGCGGGUGUGAGCAGCCAGGCCAGCGGCGUGGCUCUUUUCAGGUCCGCGCUGGUGAGCGGCAACUGGGCCGCCGCUGAGUGGCUGCGCAGCCGCGGCCUUGCUGUGGAUCCCGACGACCAGCAGCAGCUGCAGCAGCUCUUCUGCUCCCUGGCGGCGGAGCAAGACACCCCGCUCCACAUCCCGGCGCUGUGGUGGCUGCUGCAGCGCUACAGCCUGCAGUGGACGCCUGAGUGCAGGGACGCGCUGGACGUUUGCCAGGAGAUUGCGUGGGCAGGGGGCUGGCCGGUGGCGGCGGGACAUAGCCAGUGGAUGCAGGAAAUGAUGCAGAUGACAGUCAAGGCCCUGGCUGCACUGUGACGACGAGGAUACUCGAGCCUCGGCGCGUCUCCGCGUCAGGCCGCGGUUAACCGCGUCAGACCGCAGGACGUGAGUCACGUGACGCGACGGUUUGGACGCGAAAUGGAUGCCAGUCACUGAGAAGGGCCCAGCCGUGCCGACUACAAGGACGCCGGCGUGCGCUACCCAUAUGAUAUGCAUGGCUGUCCGCACUCGUGCUACAACGCAUGACGCAUUUACGUGCGGCGGGGGGCCCUGCUGGAACGUUGCGGGCAUGCGGUACGCAGCAUGUUACUGUAUGGACGGACGCAUGCCCUCCACAAACGCAUGGAUCACGACGCUUAAUACGGUAUGACACGUGGGCAGAGGCGGUGGGCCGGGGUUAAAGGGCAGGAAGGCGACAUGGGAGCUGUGCAGGAGAAAGUCGGUGUGGGGCCAGUCAGCGGACACGCGGGGGGUAGCGGGCCAUGUGCAUCGCGCUUGCCGGGGGAUGUGGUGCGGUAGUUGCCCACCAUUUGCGCGCAAACAUGGUAUGUGCGUGGUAGACUGGUACUCCUGCGUUGGAGUUGUGCACUGCGGGUAAGGCUGGGUAUGCUGGCUGGUACAACGCCGGAGAUACUGUCCUGUUGCGUUGGGUAGGACAACUAAAGGAAAACGAG